GUGAGGAGGCUGCCCCGCCUCCGCGGCGGCUGUCACGGGGCGAGCGGGCCGUGCCGGGAUCCUGCGGGCCGAGGGCGGUGCUGUGCGGGGGCCCGCAGCUUCCCCCUCGGCCUGGCCGCGGCCGCCCGGCGACAUCCAGGCUCUGCCACCAUGUUAAGGCGAAUUCUGCAGCGGACUCCAGGUAGGGGUGGAUCUCAGAGCUCUGAUUCAGAUUCAUCUGCCACACCAGGAAAUGCCGUGGACGUGAACAGUGAAGGCUCCUCUGAGGGCUUCAUCUGUCCACUAUGUAUGAAAGUGUAUGUAACUCCUACUGAUCUGUCUGAACAUUACCAGAAUGAGCACACUGGAACAGAAGGAAGACAGGAGCCUCGUGACCUCCGAGCUAUUACUGGCUUUAUUUGUCCUCUCUGUAUGAAAUCUCAUGGAUCAGCUGAAGAGCUGUUCAAGCACUAUGAAGCAGUUCAUAAUUCUGGCAUUGAUUCAACUCAUGGAGGGGAAGGUCAUCUGUCACCAGAAAGAGAUGAAGUAUCACUGCUCCGACAAGAAGUCCAAGACUUGCAAGCUUCACUGAAGGAGGAGAGGUGGUAUUCAGAAGAGCUGAAGAAAGAACUAGAGAAAUUACAGGGGCAGCGGCAGCAAGAUUCUAAGUCUGAUGGAUUGACAACGGCUACAUCUACAGAAUCAUUAGAACGGCAACUAGAAGAGAUCCAAGUAGAAAAUUUUAACAUUAAGCAAAUGAAAGACUUAUUUGAGCAAAAAGCAGCACAACUAGCCACUGAAAUUGUGGAACUUAAAUCAAAGUAUGAUGAAGAAAUCAGCCUUCGGGAGGGAGCAGAACAGAAAGUGACAAACCUGACACAAGAACUGCAGAAGGAGAGAAGUACAGUUGAAGAUUUAAAGACAGAGCUGCUACAGAGACCUGGUGUGGAAGAUGUGGCCGUCCUGAAAAAGGAGCUGGUCCAAGUUCAGACGUUGAUGGACAAAAUGACACUGGAAUGUGAGAGAGAAUCUGAAAAGCUGAAAGACGAGUGCAAGCACUUGCAGGCAGAGCAGGCUAAUUCAGAGGCUACCAUUAACCAGUUGAGAGCUGAACUUGCCAAAGGACCUCAGGAGGUAGCUGUGUAUGUUCAGGAGCUGCAAAAACUUCAAAGUUCAGUCAAAGAGUUGCAACAAAAAAACCAGAGUCUGACUGAGAAACUGCUGAAGAAAGAACAGGACUACACCCAGCUAGAAGAAAAACACAAUGAAGUAACUGUGAGUAAGAAGAAUGUGCAGGCAAGCUUUCACCAGAAGGACCUGGACUGCCAACAGCUUCAGGCAAAGCUGUCUGCAGCUGAAGCUUCAAUACAGAGAUUACAGACAGAGCUAGGUGAGAAGGGGGAAGCAAGCCAGAAACUUAAAGAGGAGUUGUCUGAAGUAGAGACAAAGUACCAACAUCUUAAGGCAGAAUGUAAACAGCUCCAGCAGCAGAGGGAAGAAAAAGAGCAGCAUGGCCUGCAGCUCCAAAGUGAGCUCAGUCAGUUGCACAGUAAACUUCUAGAAACAGAGCGGCAGCUAGGGGAAGUGCAUGGGCGGCUCAAAGAACAGAGGCAGCUGUCUAGUGAGAAGCUGAUGGACAAAGAGCAGCAUGUGGCUGAUCUGCAAUUGAAACUUUCUCGAGCUGAAGAGCAGCUGAAGGAAAAAGCAGCAAAUUCCACGGAAUUGCAACAUCAAUUAGAUAAGGCAAAACAGCAGCACCAGGAACAGCAGACGCUUCAGCAAAAUACUACAGCAAAACUACGAGAAGCCCAGAAUGAUUUGGAGCAAGUACUGCGACAAAUUGGAGAUAAGGACCAAAAAAUUCAAAAUCUUGAGGCUUUGCUUCAGAAAAGCAAGGAAAACAUCUCUCUGCUAGAAAAGGAAAGAGAGGACUUAUAUGCAAAAAUUCAAGCUGGUGAAGGAGAAACAGCAGUUCUUAACCAGCUACAAGAGAAGAACCAUGCAUUGCAAAUACAGGUAACUCAGCUGACAGAGAAGCUGAAGAAUCAAUCAGAAAGUCAUAAACAAGCCCAAGAGAAUUUGCAUGAGCAAGUACAGGAGCAAAAGGCACAUCUAAGAGCUGCUCAAGACCGUGUGCUUUCCCUAGAAGCAAACAUCACUGAACUAACCAGCCAGCUAAAUGAAAGUAAAGAGAAAGUAUCACAACUUGAUGUACAGGUAAAAGCAAAGACUGAAUUGCUACUUUCAGCAGAAGCAUCGAAAGCUGCUCAAAGAGCAGAUCUUCAGAAUCACCUGGACACUGCCCAGCAUGCACUGCAAGAUAAGCAACAGGAGUUAAAUAAGGUCAGCGUUCAGCUGGAUCAAGUUACAGCUAAGCUGAAUGACAAGCAGGAGUACUGUGCUCAACUGGAAGCCAGUCUCAAAGAGUACAAAGAGAAAAGUCUUUAUUUAGAACAGAAAACUGAAGACCUAGAGGGACAGCUUAAGAAACUUGAAGCUGACAUUCUUGAUGCUAAAGCAAGCAAAGAACAAGCUCUUCAGGAGUUACAGCAGCAGCGACAGCGAUCCACAGAAUUAGACCUCCGAACAACAGAACUGAGUAAACAACUUGAAGCAGCAAGAGAAGCGAUGUCUAAUACUAAAUUGGAUUUGCAGAAGAAGUCUGAAGCCCUUGAACAAGCAAAAAAGCAAAUUUCAAAGCAGGAGGAGGAGAAGGCCAGCCUCAAACAAAACCUGGAAAAAUCAAACCAAGAUACUAGUAAGCAACUCAAAGAAUUAGAUUGUAAAAUGCAAACAGCAUUAUCAGAGCUGCAACAAGUGAAAUCAGAGAAGGAUGCUCUAAUAAAGGAUCUUACAGCUACCAAAGAUAAGCUCUCCAAAAGUUCUGAAUCCUUCAAAAAAAGAAAGGAAGAGUUAGAAAAAGAAGCACAAAAAGCAAAAGCAGCCAUGGCAGAAAUGGAAAAAUCUUGCCAAGAGUUAAAACAGCAGCUCCAGGUCCAAACAGAGUCUGUAGCUAAAGAGAGGAAUGAAUUGAAAAACUCACUGGAAAAAAAGGAGGGGAUUUCUAAGCAGUUGUCGAUAGAACUUGAUGCAGCAAGAACACAAAUACUGGAAAUUCAGGGUCUUCUGAAGGAGAAAGAAAAAAGUGAGCAGCAUCUCCAGGGAAGGCUGAGAGAGUUAAAGGAAUCUUUUGAGCAGAAGAAAAAACAUAGUGAAACACUGCAAGCUGAAUUAAAAACUGCCCUUUUAGAAAAGGCAGAACUGGAGAAUAAACUGCAACAGCAGUCUAUUUUGUCAGCACAGGAGCUUAAAGCGGAGAAAGUCAAGUUAGCAGACUUACAGAAGAGCCAUGAAAAAAAUAAGGAAAGCAUGGAGAAGCUGCAGUUGGAUCUUUAUGGGAAAGAGUCUGAGGUGCUAGCAAUAAGGCAAGACCUUAAGUCCACAGAAGAAAAACUUGCUCUAGCUCAAGAAGAAUUGGUUUCCAGCAGAAAUCGAAUUGCUAGCAAUAAUCAGCAGAUUCAGGAACUGAAGAAAGCAAAGUCUACGCUGGAGCAGGAUGCGUCAAAGAAGGAGCAGCAGCUGGGCGAGAAGACCAAAAUGUUACAGGAUCUUCAGAAUGACAGGAUUUUGAAAGAAAAAGACUUGGCUAAUGAGAAAUGUAAAACAACAGAGCUCCAAGAAAUAAGGAGUAGACUUGAAAAAGAAAGUGCCAAGCUGGGUGAAGAGCUUAGAGCCUCCAAGCACGAAUUUGAGAAGGAGGUGGCAAAUCUCAAGGAUGCAAACCAGCUAUUGAUUCAACAGAAAUUAGAGCUGCAGGGCAAAAUAGAUAAUACUAAUUCAGCUCUGGAACAGGAGAAAAAAACCCAUCAAGCUGUCAAAGAUCAGCUGAAAAAGAGAGAAGAGGAGCUGAAGAAAGAAUGUGUGGAAAUUGAAGCUAAACUGCAUGCAGAGCAAAAAGAGAAAGAAGAAGAAAAUAGGAAACAUGAGGAAAAGGAGACCAAACUCACCACGCAGGUCACAGCCCUGAAUGAAAACCUGGCUACCAUGAAGAAAGAGUGGCAAAGCAGUCAGAGGCGAGUGAGCGAGCUGGAGAAACAGACAGAUGAUUUACGUGGGGAUAUUGCUGUCUUGGAAGCAACGGUGCAGAAUAACCAGGAUGAGAGAAGGGCGUUGCUGGAGAGGUGUAUAAAAAGUGAGGGAGAAAUUGAAAAGCUUCAAGCCAAACUUGUGGAAAUGAAGAAAAAGCUGGACAACACUACUGCUGCAAUGCAGGAACUUGGCCGAGAAAACCAGUCAUUACAGAUCAAACACACCCAAGCUCUCAACAGGAAGUGGGCAGAAGACAAUGAGGUACAGAACUGUAUGGCCUGUGGAAAAGGCUUUUCAGUGACAGUGAGAAGGCAUCACUGUAGACAGUGUGGAAAUAUCUUUUGUGCCGAGUGCUCAGCAAAGAAUGCCUUAACUCCUUCUUCUAAAAAGCCUGUCCGAGUCUGUGAUACUUGCUUUAAUGACUUGCAAGGAUGACUGGCUAUCGUGAGUGACAAAGAAAUGUUACACUAAAAAUUACAGUUUCUGUCAAUGCACUUCGUUCAGCACUCAGACUACUAUUCAGUUGGGACAAUGAUUGUAACACUUGGCAAAAUUUAGUAUAUUUUAAAAUGUUUAUUGAUACCAAGUAAAACUAUUGUAUUUUUCGUGAGACAUGGGCUCAGAUCAUCCAUAGCUUAUUGCCAUUUAUCCUGAAAAGAGCUUCUAUGUCUAGAUUAGAAAUAUCCAGUUAUUUGUAAAUAAAGUUUAAACAGAGGAGUAACAAUGUAUUUUUUUAUCUUUUAUUUUUUUGUUCAAGAGAAACAGCUUUUAUGUGAUAUUGUAGUUUAUUCCUGUUUCCUUCAAAGAAAAAAGGAAGAUGCAAAAACUUGUGAGGAUUUUAUGUAUCAAAUGUUGCUGUAAAAAAGCAUAACUAAUUGUUGCAUUUAAUUGCAUAUCUGAUGUUCUUUAUAACCCCUUGUGAUUUUGUUUUCUUUCUAUCUCUUUGGUUCUUAGACUUUUCUCUCUAAAGUUUGAACUGCACAGUGAGGGUAAUGGCUGGACUCUACUCCAACCUGGUUUUAUUUGCUCACUUAGAACUUGUCGUAGUAUCAGUACCUGAGUCCUUAUCCAACUACAGUGCUUGGUUACUGGAACAUCUUUACACAUACUGUAUUGCAUAGUCUGUGUGUGUGUGUGUGAGAGAGAGUACAUGUGAACCAAUGGUGAGAUAGAGUUUAGUGGGCAUUGCAGGAAUAUUAAAUGAUAAAUUACAAUAUUCCAUUCUG